GUGUAGAUGGCGCACCACUAUUACACCGAAAUUUCGACAAGACGAUUUUCCUCCGAGAGAGAGGUCUCCUAAAGUGACAUCUCGAACUUGGAUCCGUGCCGCAUUUGCGCAGGCACUAGACUUUGCAUUCCUCUUCUCAUCCCUAUACAUCGAUAUCACCGAGGAGUAGGACGUUAAAACGAGGCGGUCUGUGAGUCCAAGAGCAAAAUGUCCGCCGCUACGCCCACACCGCAAGAUGCUGGGCUUCCUGCCCCACCAGUUCCCUCGGCACCCCCCGGUCCCGCUCCCUCAUCCGGUGCGUACUCCUCGAAGACUGCUACGCCAACGACCCCUAGCGAUACCAAACCAACCAUCCUCCACCUCGGAGCCGACAUUCGAUGGAAUCAUGAGCUGUAUGUGGAGUUGGGCAAGAGGUUCAGCAUCGAGAGGAGUUACUCGAUGGGGAGGGAAGACUUUAAGCAGGCGUUGAAGGGGAGAAAAUGGGGCGAUUUUGUGGGCAUGUAUAGGCCCUUCUGGAAUACCGGGGGUGAGAUGGGGAAUUGGGAUAGAGAGUUGAUAGCUCUCCUCCCUAAAUCCUGCCGAAUAUACGCCAGUGCUGGUGCAGGCUUCGACUGGGUCGACACCAAAACUAUGGCCGAGCACGCAGGGAUUGUGUAUUGUAACUCCGCAUCCGCCUGCACAGAGUCCGUCGCCGAUGCAGCUAUCUUCCUUAUCCUUUCCACCUACCGUUCCUUCGUCUGGUCCUUCCUUGCCGCCCGCUCAUGCGAUCCCACUCAAUUCAGCGACGCCAACCAGAACACCGGAGCGGUAACACAUAAUCCCAACGGCAGCAUUCUAGGCAUUAUCGGUCUAGGCAAGAUCGGCUAUCGGCUUGCCCAGAAGGCGAGCACUGCGUUUGAGAUGAAGAUCUGGUACCAUGAUGUUGUCAGAUUUGAAGACAGAGAGAAGGCUCUAAACGCCCGCUGGUGUCCUACCCUCGAAGAGCUCCUCCAAAACUCUGACUGCGUCAUCCUCGCCACUCCCUUCUCCGGCUCCGUCCUCCUUUCCACCCCUCAGUUCGCCCAGUUUAAACGCGGAUCACGCCUCGUCAACAUCGCUCGCGGCAAACUCAUCGACGAAGAAGCCUUAGUAAAUGCGCUAGAUGAUGGUAUUGUAUCAGCAGCGGGCCUAGAUGUGCAUGCGAACGAACCCCAUGUGAACGAAAAGCUGGCGAGCAAGAAUAAUGUUAUGGUGCUGAGCCAUACGGCGGGCGCCAGCGUAGAGAGUCAUGUGGGUUUUGAGAGGCUAGGGAUGGAGAACCUGAUCAGUUUUUUGGGAGGUGGGGAGGCGAUUACGCCGGUGAAUUUGCAGUGGUUGAAGAGGAGUGAUUGA